UAAAAAACCCAACAUUUCCUUCUUAAUUGCGAUCUUCUAAAUUUCAACGCUCUCCACUUUGCCUAUUCUUUUAUGGGUCAUCUCCACUUUUCAGGUGUUUUCUGUCUGUGGUAUCUUAGGAGGGAGCAUGUAAUAGAAAAUAAAUGUUAGCAUUUCAAUGGUGCUUGUUUCAUAGUCAAGUGAUUGAGGUUGAGAAACGCCAAUUCAUAGGAGAAAAUGGGAAAAUCUGACUAUGAUGAAGCUGAUUCUGGAACUAGAAGUGGAAACGAAUCAGGAAAUAAUAUGAAGAGAGGGUUGUUUCAAUCAGCAGCUGUCAAGGGGGAUCAUUUUGAUGGCAAGAAUCACAUGAAUAAAAUUACUAAGGCUACAAAUUCAAACACUCAACCCAGCUGCACUUUCUGCAAGGGUAAAAAUGGUUGCCGAGUCGUGCGCUCGAGAACAAAAAUAAUGAAUAUUCUGAUCAAGAGUGGAAAGCCUCAGGAAGCUGUUAUCAUUUUUGAAAAUCUGUUUGAAGGAGGGCACCAACCAUCUUUAGCAGCAUAUACAACACUGUUAAAUGCCUUGACCACUCAGAAACGCUUCGAGCCUAUACAUUCCAUUGUUUCACAGGUGGAAGAAAAACAGAUGAAGCCUGAUUCAAUAUUUUUUAAUGCUCUUGUAAAUGCAUUUGCUGAAUCCGGGAACAUGGAGGAUGCCAUGAAAGUUGUUCAGAAAAUGAAAGAAAGUGGAGUAAAACUUAGUACUAGUACUUAUAACACAUUGAUAAAAGGGUAUGGGAUUGCAGGUAAUCCUGAUGAGUCAAUGAAGUUGCUAGAUCUUAUGUCAACGGAAGGAAAUUUGAAACCCAAUAUCAAGACAUACAAUAUGCUUAUCAGAGCAUGGUGUAAACUGAAAAACAUCUCUGAGGCAUGGAAUGUGGUGAAUAAGAUGUCUGCUUCUGGAAUGCAACCAGAUGUUGUUACAUUCAACACGAUAGCAACCGCUUAUGCUCAGAAUGGGAAGACUGCUCAGGCUGAAGCAAUGAUUUUAGAGAUGCAGAGGAAUGGUUUAGAACCUAAUGAUAGAACUUGCACCAUCAUCAUUAGUGGAUAUUGUAGAGAAGGUAAGGUAAAGGAAGCUCUAAGGUUCGUAUACAGGAUGAAGGAUCUGGGGCUGCAGCCCAAUCUUAUUGUACUUAAUUUGCUGGUUAAUGGUUUUGUGGACAUAAUGGAUCGAGAUGGUGUCGAUGAGGUGCUAAAGUUGAUGGAAGAAUUUCAUAUUCAACCUGAUGUGAUAACAUAUAGUACUAUAAUGAACGCAUGGAGCCAAGCUGGAUUCUUAGAAAAGUGCAAGGAAAUCUACAAUAACAUGUUAAAAUCUGGUGUAAAGCCGGAUGCUCAUGCUUAUAGUAUUCUUGCUAAAGGAUAUGUGAGAGCACAAGAAAUGGAAAAAGCUGAAGAACUUUUAACUGCCAUGACUAACUCAGGUGUCCACCCAAAUGUUGUUAUAUUUACAAAUGUCAUAAGUGGAUGGUGCAGUGUUGGCAGAAUGGACAAUGCCAUCAGGGUUUUUGACAAGAUGUGUGAAUUUGGGGUUUCUCCAAAUUUGAAGACCUUUGAGACACUAAUUUGGGGAUAUGCAGAAGCGAAGCAGCCAUGGAAAUCAGAAGGAAUACUCCAAAUAAUGGAAGAGUUUCACGUUCAACCCAAGAAAUCAACCAUUUUGCUUGUUGCAGAAGCUUGGUGUUUUGCUGGAUUGAAAGAAGAGGCAAACACACUACUGAGUAGAGUAAAAACUGAGCACAUGACCAAUUCAAUAGAGGAAGAGGACAAUAUACAUGCUAAAAGUUCAGAGAAAAUUUACCAAAAGCCACCUAGUAAUGCUCCUUUCUUACAGAUUCCUUCUAUGUCUUCCACUGACCAGAAGGGUUCAGCUUUGACAGCUAGAAGAAAUAGAAGGCUCCUUAGAGAUGGUGAUUUGGAGACUCCAUUGCUCACCACAAAAUUCAAGUGUCAUUCUCAAAUUUGUAGAUUUGGUGAAGGAUUUUCCAUUAUGUGCAAACAGUUUCAAGGACAGCAUGGUACAUACCAACUUGCAAAUUCAUGUACAGCAGUAUUCUUAAACUAAAGGGGUUUGGGGAUGGAGGGUGAAGUGCGGAAUAUCUUAAUGUAAUUACAUUCAUAUGUCAACACAAACUGUUCAUCUUUUGUUAACAAAAUACUCCUUAUAUUUCCCACGCAAUACAUCAAAAGGCUUGUUUUUUAUGCUGUAA